AUGCGAAACAAAGAAGGAGAAAAGAAACGUGCUUAUUUAACCUUGGAGGAACUGCGACAAUUGUCUGAUGAUACAAAUACAUACAAAUCGAUAGGUUUGUUUGUUUUAGAACCCAAAUCAGUUUUAAUGGAUGAACAGCAACAAAAGCUGAAGGAUAGUGAAACUGCGAUUGCCUCUUUACAGCUGACAAUAGUUGUCAAAUUAUUGCAAGCUUUACACCAAUUUGGUUCAUUAGUCCUUCGGAUACUUAGAGAUCAGAGUGAGGGAUCAUUGAGCUGGUUGAUAUAA